CAGCUUUAUUCACUCAUAAAGCAGGGUUUACACAAUUUUAACAGGUGUAGGAUUCCAAACUGAAUGACAUUUCACUGCCUGUUUAACUUGGCUUCACAUACGCCACACAAAAAACGAUACAAAGUCACACAAUAAACGAGAUGCAAGGGUGAGAAGUUCAAGAACCAAACGCAAGUCAGUCAGUGAGUGCCUAGUUGAGAGGAAAACUCAGUCUGGUAGGGGUCAGCUCUGGGUGCUUACUGCUUAUUAUGUUCAAGCACUGGAGGGGUCUCUAUUUUGUCGAGAUCAGUCGGGAGGUUGCCUUUCAAAUGCAGUCAGGCAUGGAAGACGAAUCAGCGUCUGGAGAAUCUGACAGUUUGCUACAGAAGUCCUCCCCUUUUAUUUUUAUUUUAUUUUAUUAUUAUUUUUUAUCUAAAGGAGUUUAAUCGGUCUUUAGCCCGACCAGACCUCUUCUGGUUCUAGUGGUUAUCAGUUCCUGGUUCUUCCAGGCAGUCUUGGCCUUGCUGAUCAUCAGUUCUUGGUACCAACAGCAUGUUUGGAUUUUAGCAGUAUCUAUACUCACUCGUGGCCCUUGGCUGCCCUCCCGAUUCAUUACGUCACUGCUUGAAAAAAGUGAUUCCAUCCUGCGGUCUACAGGGCUAACCCGGCCCCUCCCUAACUCUGACGCCUUGAGGGCGGGGCAUGGCCCAGCGAAGGCAGGCGGAGACCCAGCCCCCAGAGCUGCGGCCUAACCUGACACCGGGUAGCCCCCGCCUCUCGCAGGUCCCACAGGCAGAGGCGCGGGGAGCGAAGCUCCGGCCGCGGGCGGUUGCGCUGAGGGAGCCCGGUGGGGAGAGCGCCAUGAGAGCGGACUCGGGGCUUCGGCUGGAGGCCCUCCCGCGUCCUCCACGAGCCCUUCCACCUGUGCCAAGUGCUAAUCAAGAUGAUAUUCCACUUAGUCGUCCUAAGAAAAAGAAGCCCAAAACAAAAAACACACCAGGUAGUGCUUCUUUGGAAGGCCUUGUUCAGGCUUCUGUUCGCAGGCCAUCUGAGGGCAGUGAGCCACCAACUAAAGAAUCCACAGAACAUCCAGAAGAAGCUCCUGUUCAAAGGAGACAGAAGAAGAUGAGGCUAUCUCUUGAAGUGGAGACUUCCUUAACCCAAAAGAAGACAUGUAGCUCAUCUUUAUUACGAAAUGAAAAUGGUAUUGAUGUGGAGCCAGCUGAGGAGGCAGUUAUUCAAAAACCUCGAAGGAAGACAAAGAAAACCCAGCCAGCAGAAUUACAGUAUGCCAAUGAACUGGGUGUAGAAGAUGAAGACAUAAUUACUUAUGAGCAAAGCGGCCCAGAACAACAGUCUAUAUUCACUGCGCCCACUGGCAUUAGCCAGCCAGUAGGCAAAGUGUUUGUGGAAAAAAGCCGGCGAUUCCAGGCUGCUGAUCGUUCAGAGUUGAUAAAGACCACAGAAAAUAUAGAGGUGUCAAUGGACAUGAAGCUUUCCUGGACAACCAGAGAUGUGGCACUGUCGGUGCACCGGGCUUUCAGGAUGAUUGGUCUCUUUUCUCAUGGCUUCUUGGCCGGCUGCGCUGUGUGGAACAUUGUUUUCAUAUAUGUUCUAGCAGGAGAUCAGCUUUCUAACCUCUCAAACCUUCUGCAACAGUACAAGACCUUAGCAUAUCCAUUCCAGAGUCUUCUCUACUUGCUUUUAGCUCUAAGUACAAUUUCAACUUUUGACAGGAUCGACUUUGCUAAAACAUCAGUAGCAAUCCGAAAUUUUCUUGCCCUGGAUCCAACAGCUUUAGCAUCUUUCUUGUACUUUACUGCUCUUGUAUUAUCUCUGAGUCAGCAAAUGACAAGUGACAGAAUCCAUCUUUACACACCUUCUUCUGUUAAUGGUAGCCUCUGGGCAGCAGGUGUCGAGGAACAGGUUCUCCAGCCCUGGAUUGUGGUGAAUCUGGUGGUGGCCCUUCUGGUUGGACUGUCUUGGCUUUUUUUGUCUUAUAUGCCAGGCAUGGAUCUUAGUGAAGAGUUGAUGUUCUCCUCUGAUGUGGAAGAAUAUCCAGAAAAAGAUAAAGGACUCAAAGCCUCUUCAUAAUGCCAGCUCACCUUCAGUGUAGUAAUGGUCCAGUAUUUAGAAUUUUUCCUAUUCUUGUUUUUAAAUGUAUUUUUAUAAGAUAUGUACAGGUAUAUUUGGAAUUGAUUUUUUGAUUACAGAGUACUGAAAAUUUUCUCAAGAUUAUGGAAAAUGUUAAAACUUGUAUCUGCAAUUCAUAACCAAACAUUAAUCUGUCUAGCAUUAUCAUCUUAAUGACAAAGGAGGUAAUGAGCUCGAAACCAGCAGGUGAAAGUGUUUAUUUCCUGUUUUCUCAAAUUAGUUGCGUUUAUAAUCAUUAUCUUAAAAAGCUCUUCUACAGAAACAGCCAUUACUUUAGUGUUAUAAAAUAUAUAUCAGGUUUAAACAUAAAAUUUAGGGAAUAGGAAAGAAGGGGGCAAAGACCUUUAUUUAUUUUUAAUGCCUCCUUACUGAAUAAAUUAAAAUAUGAAAUGUGUCUUUUUUCAAACUGGCUUGGUUGUGGUUAUGUAUCAUGUAAUAAGUAUAAUGUAAUUCAGCUUGAAAGAUGCUUUACUUCAUGACUAAUAAAAAGAAAAUGU